CGCUUCCGCACAACAGGUCAGCUGAUUGAAACAGCACGCGGAAACUGUAAAGUCAAUUGGAAAGCGCCAGUAGAUCUCAAAAGUAGCCGGGCUACAUCCACAAACACCACAAUUGUAUUAAUGUUGACAGCAGCGGGUUUCUAACGUGAACAGGACUUCGGAUAUUAACUCAGAUAGCGUGUCUUAAAAGCACUGUCACCGAGCUCGAGCUGUCAGCCUCAGGAGAAAGCUAUGGCACACAACGAGUCGUUGGUCGCUUUGAAUGGGACUCAAAUUUCCUACAUCGGACAUGACUGCAAGAACAUUCCAGACUUCCUUGGAGACAAAUAUGGCCAGAUAGCAAGAAGGCUGGAUCUAAGCUUCAAUCAUCUCAGGUCACUGGCGGGCCUCAAAAUGUUCAGUGAGCUGGAAGAGCUGGUCGUCGACAACAAUCUGCUUGGAAACGACCUCCGGUUGCCCAGGUUACCCAACCUUCACACCCUAACACUCAAUAAGAACCGACUGACUGAUAUCGAGGCUCUGCUGGAACACUUGGCUGAUGUGACCCCGUCACUGGAGUACCUAAGCCUGCUGGGAAAUGAGGCCUGCCCCAACCAGCUGGUCAGUCCGGAUAAGGAUGAGGAUGACUACCAGAGAUACAGGUACUUUGUUCUGCACAAGUUGCCCCAGCUGAAGUUCCUUGACACAAGGAAAGUGACCAAAAAAGAAGUGAUGGAGGCGCAGGCAAGAGGAGCGUUCAUGAAAGUGGUCAAACCCAAGUCAGAACCACCACCUAAUGACGAGGGAUCUGAGAGUCACACACUGCCCUACACUCCUCUACCCCAAGGAUCCAGAGAUGCCAAGAACCACAAAGGAGUAUUCGCCAAGUGUCGCUACAUCUACUAUGGCAAGCACUCAGAAGGCAACAGAUUCAUCCGAAACGACCAACUCUGAUGGACAGCUGGUCAGGCACAAAGAGGGACAUGAGUGACAAGGAAUUGUUAACAGAACAAAAGAGGGUCAAAUCAAUCUCUCUUCAUUAAAAGCACUGGUGAUAUUUGAGUCACAUAAUCUCCAACUGUAAAAAAAAUAAUAUUUAAACUAAAUCAAAAGAUGUUAUCUUAGGGGAAUGUUGUUUUUUAAGGUCGUAUUCCAGCCUCAUAGUUACGGCCUCCUUUGCUGAGCUGGGUCUGCUUUUGCCUCCCUGCUUCCAGUUCAGAGUCAGAGAUGACACUCCAACUGACAUGAUUGCCGCUAAGCAUCAGCAACCGCACAUCUCGACACGCACACACGGACAUACACACACACACAAACACACACGGACAGUCUCUUUCUCU